AUGGGCCUCCUCAAGAUUCUCCUCAAAGUUAUCCUCAUCCCCAUUGUGGUCGUCGUUGUCAUUGUCGUGGUUAUCGGCAUUCUCAUCAAGAUGCGUCGGGAUCGGAAGAAGGAAGAAAAGCAGGUUAAGCAGAGAGGCUUUCAUCCACCGCCUAUUACACAAUGGGCGUAUCCUGAGCAGGUUUAUCCCGACCAGGUCCAGAAGCCUGCUCCGGUGGCGUACCCGGUCGCUGCUCCGAGUUACGUGGCUACGCCUAGCCAGAGGGAGGCGGGUUACGCUCGAGCGUAG